AUGAGCAAUACCGAUUUAAGAGCCACAAACUAAUUUAACUAAACUGGUUUCUCUACAGGAGGUCUUGGAAACCGUUUUAACAAUGUGUCUCCAAGAGGAGGUGUAGGAUCAGGCUUUGAUACUUAAUCUUUGAUGCAGGGAUCUGAUAACACUGCUCAUCUAAAGGGAAAGCUCUCAAAUUUAAAUGAAUCUAUUAGAUAAUUGCAAGAACAACUUAACACUCAUAAGAAGGAAGUUCAAAUUUUAAGAUCAGAGAAGGAGACAUUGGAAAGCGUGUUAACUAUGAAAUGCCAAGACACCAGAAAAGCAUUGACUAAUGAGCUCCACAGAGUAGAGGAGGAGAUUAAGAGACACUACUCGAACCAGCAUGCAGAGAGCUAAAGACUUUAGCAGUAAUUAACCUCUCUUAAGACUGAUAAGACUGCUCUUGAGAAGGAUAUAAUUAGAAUGCAAAAGAGAAUCGAAGAGCUAGAACUUCAAAUAGGUCAUGAUGAUCAUGAUGAUCGAUGA